UAAUCAAAGGCCACCUCUGCAUCAACAAAAUAAAUCUGACGUCCAAACAAAUACAGCCAUAGAGCAGACGGCAGAAUCUUAGACUGAUCGCGGGCUUUAUCCUGACGCGGUCGACCAUGGAGUCCACGGCUGGGGCCUCAAACGCCCUGGUGCGUAAGAGGACCGACACCGAUCUGAUGCCACCUCCACCUCCAGCAAAGAAGAUCAAGAGGCCCAAGAAAGUGCUGGACGAGGAUACGUAUACCGAGGCGCUCUCCCAGAUUAUCGCCAGGGAUUUCUUCCCGGGCCUAUUGGAGACGCAGAUUCAGCAGGAAUAUCUGGAUGCGAUGGAGUCGAAGGAUGCUGCCUGGAUAUCAAGCGCUAGUCGCAGGCUUCGACACGUCAUGACGCCUGGUCGAAAACCCACCAGAACCUCUUCGUCAAUCAACACUGCAACCGGCAACAGGACUCCUACCAGCUUUGUUGGGGAUACGCCAGCGUCUGUGGCAACAAGCGUCGCCCAAGAGAAGCCGCCGCUGGACCUCAAUCUGAGCCUGUCCAAAUUUCAGGCCACCUACACCAGUGAAGACAAUGAGAGCUUCUAUAAACUAAUCGACAAGCAAAACCAAAAGAGGGCUGAUAAGUAUGCCUGGCUCUGGCGCGGAAACAAGCUUCCUUCGAAGCAGAUGAUUAAACAGAAAGAGGUCACCGACAGGCUGGAAAAGACGCGGAGUCUUGUUGACGAUGGGUUCAAGAGAGAUCUAUUGGCUAUCAAGGAUGUUGAAGAGCGACCUGCACGGCCAGACUCGUGGAAGGCAGCCCCACGGAACGGCCUCAUGUUCGAGCCAGAAGGCCUCGAAGACGGGGUCAAGACGAUUGCCGAGAGCGCGGAGGAGCUGUCUCGCAUGGCGCCAAGGUCGAUUAGCUAUGAGAAUACGAGAAUGCCGCAACCUCAUGUGCCACAGCGACCCCCAUCCCCAACCAUGUCGUCAGUACGCGAUGCUAUUGCGGGAAAGCCGCGACAGCAAGAUCUCGACUCUAGCAUUGUUGGUGGCGGCGAAACUCCGCGAGUGAAUGGGUACGCCUUUGUGGAUGACGAAGACGGUGACGACAUCAGUAUGCCCGCGCCUAUCAACCUGGGACCCGGGGAUGCAACAAACCCCUUCAAGAUACAAGACCAGAGGAAGCGAGAGCUACUUCACGAGCGAAUGGUGGAGCGAAUCUCCAAGUCUAAGAGUGAUUCUCAGCGAAGAGGAUUCACAGGCAAGGCUAGCCAGGUGGAGACUCCGAGAUUCACCAGCGGCCCGAGGGUGUCAGGAGGGUUGACACCGGCCGCACAACGACUAUGGAGUAAGGUGGCGACCCCGUUGAAAGGGAAAGCAGCGAAUUCCUUUGGACAAGCAACUCCAAGGAAGCCUAAAGGCUCACUUUUGAAGAGCGUCAGCAGAGUGCCCCCCAAAUCAAAAUAAAAGCGACUAUUCCCGUUUUAAGAUUGUGGCAACACUCUUCUCUAUUUAUGUUUCAAUUCUUGAUAGAGCGAGUUACGGAUAUUGGUGGUGUUUUUGUAGUGUUUUUCUUCGUUUGGAGAUUGGAUUAGCAUGGCGUUUUCACAGGGGUAAUGUCACAUGGAAGUUUAUAUACACCGAGUCUGUCAACCAGAGCCAUAGAUAGUCGAGAGUUUCUUGAACAAAUGACUAUGCAGAUAUGUCCUAUAUCUACGUAUUAUUUUUU